AGUUCAAUCAUUACAGUCGUACAGUUCAAAGGAACAACAACAACAAACAGUGACCAGCACAAGCAGUCAUCAGCCACCUGCUAGUCACAUCCAACAGAACAAUUUUCCGUAAUCGAAAAAUCGAAAAACCAACCAUCAUCAUCAUGAGUGCGUUUAAGUUCGGAUUAGUAGUGUUAUCGGCAUGCGUGUGCUUGGCUUCGGCCGAUCCGAUCCCCGCAGCGGCGGCAAGACAAGACGAUGGAUGCACCGGCAACCAGGACUCGUUCGCAUGCGCACAAAUGCAAUUCUACCGUGCUGCCCGAUCUUUCUUCGACCAAGACAAGGUCGAUUUGUUAGGAGGAUUGUCGCUUGUCAAGACCGAGAAGAAAGGUAGGUCCCUUGCUGAGAAUACCGAAGAUAUCAACAACGUAGAGAACGCCAAGGACGCCAAUGACCGUGAAACCGCACUCGAAGACUUCACCAUGCACAAGGUAAUGCGUUUCUUCCAAGAAAGAACUCUCCACUGGAACUUGUCGCCAAUCGUCACCGAAGUGUCCGAAACCGCCCGCAGCGUCGUUGACCAAAUCCCAACUCAAUUCAAAUCCAAAAUCACCAACUACAUCGAAGAAGGUCGUGGUCUGCUCAAGAAGAAGAAGUUCUUGAAACAUCUUAUCCCACUCUUGAUCGCUCUUAAAGUCAAAUUAUCCGCCUUUGUUGUCAUCGCCUACGUCGUCAUCGCUUUGAUCGCCAAGAAGGCUCUGUUAGCCAGCGUCAUCUCUCUGCUCGUUUCCGGAUUCAUUGGUAUCAGAAAAUUGUUGGCCGCUCAACACCACGUACCUCACCAUGAAGUGAUCGAGACACACGCCGGACACAGCAGCUACGGUAGCAGCGCCCCAAGCGGUUACAGCGCAUCCAGCUCCGGAUGGGACAGCUACGGAGGAGGACACGACGCCCACGGAUCAUACUCCAACAACGUUGGCCAGACCUUGGCCUACGGUGGACAAAAGCCAGCUGCCAGAUAGAGACUACGACGUGAACGGCAAGCCUGACUAUUUGUAUAUAUAUAAUAUUUGUGCAUGGUCUUGCCCGCCGCAGUUCAAAGAUGGCAAAUCAACAUCAGCAAAAAAAAAAAAAAAACUCACAAAUUAUUUAUUUUAAAUUAUCAUCGACUCCGACGCGGCGCAACCCGUAACUCACACGACACCGGGACGACGAGCCAUCGACUGCCGACAUUUUUUAUCCAAACUAUCGAUGAUUCGACUACUCGUGUUUAUUUACGACGACUACUACGAUAGGGACCACGUGACUGACAUACACUUAUUACCGACGCGACUUUAAUAUAAUAUCAUCAUCCUCUCGUCAUAUUCCCGACUCGUUAAUUAUUUAUUUUUAAUUUUUAUAAUAAUUUAUAUAACUCUUACUUGGUAGGUUGACAUUACCCGACAAACCCGAAACGGACAUGGUGUCAUCCACACGACUGACACGUUGACUGAACGUAUAUAAUAUAUUUACCAUAAUUUAUUUUCAAAAAUAACCAUAACGCAUAUAUUUUAUAGCAUAAUAUUAUAAUGACAAAUAGAUAUGUGCCAAAGACAUAAUCAUAAUAAUAAUAUACCAACAAUUAUAAUAAUAUAACGUGUAGGACAUGACUGACUUUAUAGCCCCACUCGUUGACUUCACUGACUUUGACCAUCGUCAUUAUGUACUGUAAUGACGACGAUCAAAAUAACGACCAUUACUACAGACAACACUAUAGCUGACAUUGUAUAACCGACUCGAUUAGCUUAUCCGCUCAUUAUACUUAGUCGUAUCGGACGUAAGAUAAUAAUAUUUAUUUAUUUUUACCCGUUUUGUAAAAGAUUUGUAUUUUUUAUUUAAUAAAUAAACGCAUUUAGUUAUUGCCAAAGAAAAUGUCAAUACGAAAGUUA